UCGUCACUUUUGUUUUACUGUCUUUUGGGCAGACGAGGUUCUUUUCUUAAAUUUUUGUAUUCCUCUUCAGAACCAGAACGAACAACUCACUCUACUCAAGUACCAUAAACUAGGGUUUCUGAUUUAAUCAUCUUUCUCGAUUUCGAUUCACCAACUUCUCUACUGAACUUCAUUUGUUAUCUGCUUUAUGGAAAUCGCUGCAUUUCUUGAUCGUUGUUCCAACCAUCGAAGCAUAUUUGUCCCAUAGAUUAUCUCUCCUUUUCCUGUCUUUUAAUAGAACUUUGUCUAUUCGAAUUCGACAUUUAGUUGCAGGAUGAAUCCUGAAAGUGGGGUGGCGUUGGAAAACCAAGGUGGUCUUGUGGAAAUUACUACUUCGGUUGAUGGAUUAGCUUUGAGUAUGGACAAAGAGAACAGCAAAGUUGUUGAUGUUUUGGAUGUAAAUGUUGUUUCUGAAGAUAUGUUGAAUGCAGAAGAACGGAAUACUACUGAAGUAGCAAUUGAAGCUUCUACGACUAUUCCCAUAAGUUCAAAUUCUUCUGAGAAACCUGUUGUUGGGGAUGGUCAUGGACUAAAGAACAUUAAAACAACCAAGGUUCAACCUAAUAAGAAAGGUUCAACAGCAGUUUCUAAGACCCAAAAGAGCCUUUCUCAGAGUCUUUCUUUCCCAUCAAGGGGGGCUGCCGGCAAUGGUUUGAAGAAGAGCCUUGAUAGUAAGCCAGCUAAAACAAAUGCUCGGCAUUCUCGAACAAACGGGGAAGCUGAGGAUGAGGCAUCCAAAGAGACAGUUGCUGCUCGCCUUAGUCGUCCAAUCAGGAGGGUCUCCACUGGAGCCAGUUCUGUGAAUGCAAAGCCCACUGCUAGGAGGGCUACGUUGGCAGCCGUGCCUAAUGCUCAAGGAUCUGUGUCCACAAAGGCGGCCUCUGGGAGUGCAACUGUCAAUGACAAGAAGCCAUCAGUAGAAGAGAAGCCAUCAUUAGAAGUCACCCAAUCAGAUGAUCAAGAUUCAAAGCAAGUGGGGAAGUCACAGCUUGCAGAAGAUGACGAAGAUACACACUCCAUUACAUCAAGUACCACUCCUUGCGGGUCGCAGAGAGAUGGUUCUGGAUUUGCUUUCAGACUGGGUGAGCGUGCUGAAAAGCGAAGAGAGUUUUAUUCUAAGCUAGAAGAGAAGAUCCACGCCAAGGAAAUGGAAAAAACUGAUAUGCAGGCGAAAUCUAAGGAGAGCCAGGAGAAAGAAAUCAAACAACUCAGGAAGAGCUUGGCAUUCAAAGCUACGCCAAUGCCAACUUUCUACAAAGAACCCAUUCCUCCAAUUGAACUAAAGAAGAUUCCAACAACACGGCCAAAAUCACCAAAACUCGGAAGGAACAAGACUUCUGGUGCAGUAGAUAAUAACUCUUCAGAAGGAGGUGGAUCUUCUCAGAGCCCCAAAAGGAGCAGCCUGGACCUCAGCAAAUCUUCCAAAAGACAGUCUGUGGACACCAAUGGAGACUCAGUUUCUUCUAAGACACCAGUUAGGAGGUCAUCCCUCUCCAAGCUCCCAUCGAAGAAGUCAAUAACCACCAAAACUGAAGAAAAGCUUCCAACUACAAAGCCUAAAUCAGGAGAUCCAAAUGUUGAUAAUCAAAAGGUCGUGUGUAGCGGUGUAGCAGGAGAGGUCGAAGGGAACACAGCAAACACUGUGGAGGACCCUUGCAUUGAAGCCAAAUCUAGCAUCGAGGAGAACAAAUGCAAUUCCUCGGAGAACCCUUCCCAGGAAAGCGAAUCUAUUUCAGAACAUCCUGUUGUUGGAGAAGGGGGUCAUCCUGAACUUGCUUGAUCCUGAGAUUACUUGUUAAAGGUGGUGAGACUUGUACUCUCCAUGUCUCUGCUGUGUUACAUUUUGUGCAGGUUUUUAAGCUCCAAGGCUCUGUGAAUAGCAAGGGUUUGUGGGUUUAUAUGUUGUUGGUGCUUCUUCUUGACACAUCAAAUUUUAGUUCAAUGUGAGGUAAAUAUAAGUAUCAUGCCUAUGUUUGUAAGGAGAGUCACUACUCACCAGUAUCUUCACAAAACCUUGGUUUACAUUUCUUUCUUUUUUUCUUUUUUAUAUAUCCCAAGGAGAUUUUAGACGGUUCAUUCAGAAAAAUCAAAAUUUUAAUCUAGAGUUUGUCAAGUGGUGUCCUGCUGUAAAUUGUUCGUUGUGCUCGUUAGGAAAUGUGUACUCUUUAUUUUUCCUAUGCGAUUGGAGUCAUCUUUUGUGGUACGUGUUCAUUGUUUCUUCAUUCAUUUUAUUCA